GUGUAGGUGGCAAUAUACUUAGGUCUUUACACGGAAAUGUGUACACAGGUGCUUUAUGAAUUAAUAUGUAAUUACAUGUUGGAAUCUUAGUUACACAAAAUAAUCAAAGUGCUUAUUGUUGAAAAUUUCAACCUUUAAAACAAGCAGUAUGUUUUUAACCAGAGACAUUUUGUCGCCAGUUCAGCUGAAACGACUGAGUGAUCACAAAUACAGUUCAAGUGGUCGCACGUUAUUAGAUCCAAUUGUUCAACCUUUUUGGAACUGGCUUGUACAGAAACUACCUUUAUGGCUUGCUCCAAAUUUAAUGACAAUUAGUGGAUUACUUAUUAAUAUUUUGACAUCUGUUAUUUUAAUAUGCUAUAGCCCUGAUGCAACCCAAGAGGCACCUCGCUGGUCAUUCGUACUAUGUGCAGUAGGUCUUUUUAUAUACCAGACCUUAGAUGCUUGUGAUGGCAAGCAAGCACGAAGAACUGGCACAAGUUCGCCAUUAGGAGAACUUUUUGAUCAUGGUUGUGAUUCUCUUUCUACUGUAUUUGUGGCAAUUGGAGUUUGUGUUGCAGUCCAGUUGGGGACUUUUCCAUCAUGGAUGUUUUUCCAGUGUUUUACUGCUAUGACACUUUUUUAUAUUGCACAUUGGCAGACAUAUGUGUCUGGUACACUGCGAUUUGGCAGAUUUGAUGUUACUGAAGCUCAGUAUACAGUCAUGUUGAUACACAUGAUAUCGGCUGUAUGUGGUCCUUCAGUUUGGGCAACUCGUAUUCCAUCAUUGUACUUAGAACUAAAGUUAAUUCCAGUUUUUAGUGGAAUCAUAGCAGCGUCAUUUGCAUUUUAUUCUAAUCUCACAACAAUUUUCACUGGAGGGUCUGGAAAAAAUGGAUCUACUGUUGCAGGUACAAGCAUAUUAUCUCCCUUCACACCUUUAGCUCUUGUCAUUGUGCCUGCAUUCAUUAUUUAUCAAAAAUCAGCAACAAAUGUAUAUGAAAACCAUCCAUGCUUGUAUGUCCUAGCUUUUGGAAUGGUUGCUUCAAAAAUAACAAAUAAACUUGUGAUUAGUUUAGAAGAGGCACAUUCAACUGUCCCUGAUACUAGAGAGACUAAUCGACAUCGUUGGGGACAGGGAGACGCCACACCGCUACCACAAAUUUCAGUCGACAGAUCAACGGUGAUGGAGAACACAGAACAUAAAAGAGAAGAUACUUCAUCUGAAACUUCAGACCUAAUAAUAAAUGUCGAGUCACCAUCCUAUCAGCAUUCAUUCCUGGAUGAUGCUACUCUUAAGGAGUCCAAAUUGGAAGAUGAUGUACCGUGA